CUCCAUAUUUUUGAUCAAUAUUCUGUAAAUUCGUCCCACGAAGACAUCAACCAUGAUCUCCAAAAAUUUUACGACGGUUUUGUCCCUAUGGGCAUUCCUUUCGUUUGCAUUUGUAACGGGUCAAGAGGUAACCAUAAUCCCGACGGGGAAUGACUUGAUCAACAUUUCCUACGUCCUUGGCCAGCUGGAAGGUCAACCAGCAGUAUAUUUCGAAAUCAGAGCCGAAACGAGGGGCUACAUCGGCUUCGGAUUUUCCAACCAGACCUGCAUGACAAAUUCUGACGCUAUGGUGACCUGGAUGGAUUGGGUCACCUUUGAACUCGUCGUGCAGGAUUGGACCUUUUAUACGACGGGGACUCCCUACGAAAGGGAGUUGGAUCAACAACAGGACUGGCGAGUUGAGUCGUUGGUAUGGAAUGAAGACGGCGUUUCGACCACUUUGAGUUUUGUCCGUCUGUACAAUACUGGAGAUCCGGUGGACAUAAUUAUUGAAGACAAGACCAUGAACCUAAUAUUCUCUGUGGGUGAGUGGCCUGCCCUUCAUCAUCAUCCGAUCGGAAGGAGUGGAAACAUUCUGUUUAAUCUUAUCCAGGGGACGAAGUAACAGUUGAUGAUAUAAAUUAAUGUAAAAAUGUACUUCUAUACCUUGUAUUUAUAUAAAGGAUCGAUCAAUCAAUCAACAAGAGCUAAAAAUGUGUCAAAUUCCUCUCUAAAUUAUUAAUUAUACAAAGUAUAUAUGUAUGUAUGCAUAACAAUAAGCAAACUUAUUGAAAUAAUGA